UAUCCAAGAGGGAUUGAAGUCAUGAAGUAUGACCCUCAUUUUGCCAUUAGAGGACUUCACUUUGACACCAGCAGCGGUCUUUUGCUCAAAGUUGAUGCAUUCCACAACAUUAUGUUGGGUUCAGUUUAUAGGGGAUUACAACCUGUACCCAAUGAUGAAGUGUUUAAAAUUUAUGAAGGAACACAUCUCGCCAUAACAAAGAUCAACCCUUCCAAUUUUCUCAAUGGCCCAAGGCGGACCAUGCAUCAUAUGAUUGAUCUGUUUUCAUAUCCAGAGAUGGUCCUCAUAUCCAACGUCAUUGAGUUUUUCCAACAAAGAGGUAUCCCUUAUGAUCCAGAGUAUUUGUUUCGUGACUGUCAGCAAGCAGUGCAAAAUGUUCACAAAUCAGGAAAGAUGUAUCAGGCAGUCAUAAAUGAUAUAGAUAAAUACCUUAAGAAGAGCCCUCAUCUGGGAGAACUACUCCAGAGACUUGUUUCGUCAGGGAAAAUGCUUUUCUUAAUCACCAACAGUGGCUUUGAGUUUGUGAAGAAGGGUAUGGAUCACAUGAUUGGUAAAGGAUGGCGUGAUCUAUUUGAUGUUGUUAUAACACAAGCUCGCAAGCCUUCCUUUUAUCAUCAGCAGGCAUCAAGACCUUUUAGAUGCGUGGACACAAGACUAUAUCGUCCAAUGUGGCAGAAGGUUUCAGCUUUGUGUAGAGGACAAGUUUAUAUUGAAGGAAAUAUUGAGCAGUUCAAAAAGUUUACUGGCUGGUACGGUCCAAAUGUGCUGUACUUUGGUGAUCAUGUUUACAGUGACUUAAGAGAUCCUGUUCUUUACCAUGGGUGGAGAACUGGGGCCAUCAUCCCGGAACUAGAGAGUGAAAUCAAGAACGGCAACUCACUGGAUUUUCAGCGUUCUGUGGUGUGGCUGACCAAUCUUCAAGAUUUAAUCCUCCAACUGAAGGCCUUUCCUCCAAGCAGUAAACGGGCUCAACUUACUGACGAAUGGAAACGAGAAAGAAGAGAACUCAAGUUGAAGUUGAAAGCGCUGUUUAACCCCAGAUUUGGAAGUGUUUUUCGGACAUACACCAACUCGACGUAUUUCACUCGCCGCUUAGUACGGUUUGCUGACCUUUACAUGUCGUCUGUUGAAAAUCUGCUUAAUUAUCCUUUGAACUACACCUUUUACCCACGAAGGGCUGCUCUUCCUCACGAGGCUGUGUUGGAUUUUAGAACUAAUCGAGUUCCGCAAUACCAGACAUAUCCGAGCGCAAAGAACUAAAUAGUAUCGUUGCUUUUCAAAGGGCGUUUUGACUUGUGCGUUUUCCACAAGAAUUUAUUUGGACACAAACCGUUGGGUGUUUUUGGAGUUUAAUUAAUAGAUAUUAAUCCUUUGACCCCUUAGAGUGAUUAGCAUCUAAUUUCUCCUUACAAUAUCAACCCAGAAUCACACAUUAAUGUUGCGAGGAUAAAGGAAAUGAUUAAAUGAAGAAGUUCUUGAUUGUGAAACAAAUUCUCCUUGUCAGCAUUUAAGGAAAUGUAUAUAGAUCAGUAUGAGGAAUAUGCGUACUGAUUUAAGAGUGUAGAGGGUUAAAACGAGGUCAUGUAGCUGUCAGGUGAAAAGUGAACUGAUGAUUGCAAAUGAAUAUGGAUAUAAUUAACCCAUUAACUCCCAUGAGUGACCAAGACAGAAUUUUUCCUAACAAUAUCAAUACAAUAUCAAACAGACAAGUGAUGAGAAUAAAGAAAAAUAUCAGUUUGGUCAUUACAAAUUCAUCCAAUACCAAAUUCUCCAAACUAACAUUAGAAGAACUAUAUAGCAGACAGUGAGGAGAAUUUCUAAUGAGAUCUUGGGACUUAAAGGGUUAAAGACGUGGUUCUUCUUUCAGGAGAGUAAACAAAACGUAGCACUUUUUGGUUUAUCUCAAUUUAUUUAAUCAUUAUGGAUGCAUAAUAGUGACUAGAAUCAAGAUUUUACCAUGUAAAGAAGAUGGUAUCCGCUUAUUUACCUUCGAGGCCUCAACGUAUACAUUUUGCAUCAAAAACUUUUAAUUUGUAAUUGAGGGUAACCAUACUUGCUACAUGAAUACUUAAGUUUAAUUUAUUUUAUCUCUCAAUCGGUUAGUAUGUACGCCAUGGUUGCUCAGUUUAGCGGGCCGUGUUUCAUUGCGCGUCCCGCUAAAUUCAAAAGUUAGUUUGAAGUGAUAUUGCCUCCCACCGCUUGAACGGAGAGAUAUGGUAGAUAUCUUAAACUCGUUUUCCUAGUCCAAACUGUAUGUUACGAAACGUCGUUUUUCCGCUCAGAUUUAUGGGCCGUACGCCUCGCGCCUGGGCCUUCAAUUCGAGCGGAAAAACUCGGUCCAUUUCCUAGAGUGCGGACCUUGAAGUCGGUUUUUAAGAGGUAUGUACUGAAGUCCGACUAAGUUAGAUUUUAAACAGACUGCUGUUAAACACUUGGCUGAAAGAAGAUCCAAUUUAUUGCACGUUUUACUUUCAUAUUCAUCAGUCGCUCAUCGUAUAUUUAUGAUAUAAAACAAUAGUCUUUACUUGA